AUGGCAGAGAGGUCAGGGGGUUCGUCUUCGGGCGAUUCCUCCAGCAAAGUCUUUGUGCCGCAGCUAAGCGAAAGAGAACUGAGAAAGAUCCGCUACUAUGAAGCGAUGUUUGCGAAAAUGGCUGCGGAGGAGCAGCAAAGAAGAGCGCCUUCUGCUGCUGCUACUGCUGCGACGCCCGCUUCUGCCUCUUCCGCCGCCCCUUCAGGAAGCAGCACCAGCAGCAGCACCACCAGCUGCAGCAACUCAACAGCUGCCUCAUCUCCCCCUCUUCCUGCUUCCACAAGUGCUGAGUCUAACGGCAAGCUAAAGAAAGAGAGAACUUCUGCUGCUCCUGACAGCAAGGCAUCCAGCAGCAGCAACAGCAGCAACAGUACAGCAGAUACCCCACCCACUAAAAGGAAACAAUCUCGCCUCACGGAGUCAAGCGAUGAAGAGCGACGCGGCGGAGCAUCAAAGAGGCCAGGAUCUGCUGCUCCUGCUGCCGUUGUUGCUGCUGCGAAAUCCGAGCCUACAGACAGCAGCAACAAUUCCAGCAAACGGAAGACUACCAAGGAGACAGAGCAGCCGGAGGGACCUGCAGCUGCUUCAGCCGCUAGUAGUAAGGCUUCACACUCCUCCUCCACAACAAGCAGCAGCAGCAGCAGCAGCCGGUGCUCAGUCGCCAAUGAGAGGCACGGAUCUCCGAGCCCUAAAAGGAAAAGCAGCAGCAGCAGCAGUACCGGCAGCAGUACCAGCAGCAGCAGUGCCAGCAGCAGCAGGGUCAACAGCGUUACAAAGAGCAGCACGUACACGGGACAGAUGUCUGGGAGCAGCAGCAGCAGCGGCAGCACUAGCACGAGCAGCAGCAGCACAUCCGGCGAUGAGGACAGUCCUGCUGCAGCAGCUUCCGUCAAAGGUGUUAGUGGCAGCAGCAGGGGCAGUAGAGAGAGUCCUGCUCCUGCAGCUGCUGCAGGGUCACGCUCGAAGAGUUCUGCUGCAGCACGGGCCUCCAGACGCAGCGCGAAGGUGCCGCGUAGGGAGGCCAGCAACAGCUGGCAACGCGGGGCUGAGCGUAGCAACAGCAGCACCAGCACCAGCACCAGCAGCGGCAGCAGCAGCAGCAAGAAGCCUGGUACAAAAUCCUCUGCUCCCAGCAGCAACAGCAAUAGCAGCGGGAAGCCAGCUGGAUCCAACAGCAAGAACGCGCGGGGGACGCUCCUGGAAGAUAGUGUCCAUGCAGCUGCAUCUGCGGCCCUAGAGGAGCAGCAGCAACAGCAGCAACAGCAACAACAGCAGGGGAAGAUGUCUCGGGGGAGCGCGAGCGAUGCUUCGGGGGUUGCGUCAUCAUCAUCAUCAGCAGCACGGCCGCCGAGCCCCAUUGAUAUGACUUCAGAUAUCCCUUACGACGCAAGCAGCACCAGCAGUAGCAGCAGCAACAGCAGCAGCAGCAGGGGGGGUUCAGGUGCUUCGGCCUCCUUGAGUCCUUCGGAGGGCCCCCGGCGUGUUUCCGAUGGCGACAGUUGGGCCUUGUCGGGAGUGGCGGCUGACAGCAGCAGCAGCAGCAAAGGUACCCGUCGAGCUGAGCGUCGGGGCGCCCCCUCUGAUGGCUCCGAGGCCCCUCUUUCGUUAGGGAAGGCAGCAGUGAAGGGACAGACGGAGGUCCUUCCCUACAGCAGCAGCGGAGACAGACAAAGAAAAGCAAGCGGCAGCAACAACAACAACAACAGCAGCAACAUCAGCACUGACGGGUCCCGCGUCUCCUCUGAGCAGCAGCCGACCCCUCGCCAUCUUCGCAGUGAAGCUCCACGCACAACCCGGGCUGCUGCUGCUGCUGCUGCUGUUGCAGCUCCAGAAGGCUCUGUAGCAGCAGCAGCAGAUGCAGAUGCAGCAGCAGCUACAGACGGUGAGGAGUCAACAGACACCACAUCUUCGGGCCCCCCUCCUCCCAGUGUCGUCCAGCGGCGAACUCGCAGUUCUUUCAGAACGCCUGCUGCUGCUGCUGCUGAUUGGGGUGGCGCAGCACAAGAGUACAGCGUGGAGCGGCGCAGCAGCAGGAGGGAUGGGUUAAACCCGAGAUGUACAGCAGCAGCUGCUGCUGCAGCAACGGAAGGUGACGAGGAGAGAGACAGUACAUCGCGGUCUCUGCCUUUAACGUCUCCUUCAGAGUUUGCUUCUGCAGUCUUAGAGUCUGGUGCUGCAGUUGCUGCUCUGGCCGCUGCUGCGGUGCCACCUGUUGCGUCCAGCCCUUCCUUAGUCAAUGAGCAAGCACAGCAGUUUUCCGGUGCAUCGGAAGGCUUGGUGUUGCAGCAACAGCGGCAACUGCUCCUGCUGCAGCAGCAGCAGUUGCUGCUGCAGCAGCAGCAAGCAGCAAACGCGCUCGUGGACGGUGGGAGCUCUAAAGCAGCAGGCAGAAGCUCAAGAGAUGCUAGUGGAGGAGUGGGUGUGAAUGGGGGAAGUUCUUCGGGCGGCGCAGAUAUGUGGUUAACGCUGCAGCAGCAGCAGCAGCAGCAGCAGCAGUUGAUGCUGCUGGCUCUGCAGCAGCAGCCGCUGCAGCACCACCAGCAGCAGCAGCAGUCGUGUGCCUCUUCGCCGCGCAAUGGGUCGGUUUUUCUCUCAGGCAGGCGACGUGUAGUUCCCUUGGGACCUAGCUCGCCUGCUGCAGCAGGUGGUACCUUUGCUUCUGCUGCUGCUGCUGCAGCAAGUGCAGCAGCAGAAGAAGCAAGAGAGGCUCAACAACUUGUGAGAGGGGUUCGCAUUCUUGCUGCCCUUAACAAAGCAGAGAUGGCCUCAGAUUCUCCUCGCGCCCCCGUGACUGCGAACAGCUACCUGCUCCAGCAGCAGCAACAGCAGCAACGAGAAGAGCAGCAACAACAACAGCAGCACCAGCAGCAACAGAUGCAGCUUCCACCGGAAAGAGCACGGCUGCUGGCCUCCUGCAGCGAUGUUGUUGCGCCUCGUGAUUGGCGUCGGUUGUUGCUAGGAGACCCGCUGCAGCCACAGCAGCAGCAGCAACAGCAGCAGCCGGUCUCGGCGUCUUCCCCACACGACAUCGAGGAAGGAGGGGCAAAAACAGCAGAUGCAACAGCGGCGGCAGCAGGAACAACAGCCGCAACAGCAGCAGCAGCAGCAGCAACAGCACCGGUGGACGGUCUCGCUGGGCGCGCCUUGAAGGCGCUUUGUGAGGCCUCUGCCUUUUGGGUGCCGCCGAGGCCGAGGGGCCGCUGUCUUUGUUUAGCUGCAGUUGCAGCAUGA